UCGCUGACCUACCACCACGACCUCGCUGCACAUCCUCAUUCCCGCCGCGCAGCCAUGGUCCUCACAUCAUUGGGCCGUCGUAUCAACAGCGCAUUCGCGGACCUCUCUCGCGCCCCGCAGGUCGACGAUGCUACCAUUGAAGCGCUCCUCAAGUCAGUGUGCGCCGCCCUCCUCGAAUCCGACGUCAAUGUCCGCCUCGUCUCUGAGCUGCGCAACUCUGUGCGAGCAGAAGUCAAGGAAGGGCUCAAUGAUAAGAGCAAGGCGAGCCUACAGGAGGGUCAGCGCAAGUCGCUCGUCCAAAAGGCAGUCUACGACCACCUCGUCAAGCUCGUCGACCCCACGCCUGGCGAGGAGCAAUGGAAGCCGACAAAGAGCAGGCCAAACGUCAUCAUGUUCGUCGGUCUCCAAGGAAGCGGCAAGACGACGUCCGUGACAAAGCUGGGCAACUACUACGCCAAGCGCGGUUUCCGUACGGGUCUAGUCUGCGCCGACACCUUCAGAGCAGGAGCCUUUGACCAGCUCAAGCAGAAUGCCUCCAAGGCCAACAUUCCCUUCUACGGCUCGUACACAGAGACCGACCCCGUCAUCAUCGCGAAGCAGGGCGUCGAUUCGUUCAAGAAGAACAAGUUCGAAGUCAUCAUCGUCGAUACCUCUGGAAGACAUAGGCAGGAGGCGGAGCUGUUCGAGGAGAUGGUCGAGAUUGGGGAUGCGGUCAAGCCAGACCAGACGAUCAUGGUGCUCGAUGCCUCGAUUGGUCAGGCGGCAGAGGAGCAGAGCAAGGCAUUCAAAGAGGCAGCAGGGUACGGAGGUAUCUUCGUCACCAAGCUGGACGGACAUGCAAAGGGUGGAGGAGCCAUUUCCGCCGUUGCGGCGACUCGGACGCCCAUCCUCUUCCUCGGUCUGGGAGAGCACAUCGCCGAUCUCGAAGUCUUCCGUCCUGGGCCCUUCAUCUCGAAGCUACUCGGCCAAGGUGACCUCACGGGCUUGAUGGAGAAGAUGGAGGAAGUCCGCAACCAGAAUCCUGAGCGUCAAAAGGAGCUGAUGAAGAAGCUCGAGGAAGGAGGCAAGUUCACAGUACGCGACUGGAAGGAGCAGUUGGGCAACAUCAUGGGGAUGGGUCCCCUAUCCAAGCUCGCGGGGAUGAUCCCCGGCAUGGGCCAAAUGUUCGGCCAAGGCGGCGAGGGCGACGAAGCUGCCAGCUCCAAGAUGAAGCGCAUGAUGUACAUUUGCGAUUCGAUGACCAAGGAGGAGCUCGACUCGGACGGGUCCCUCUUCUACACGCCUGUCGGGGGGAAGAAGAAGCCCAAGAGCAAGAGCGAAGAUGCCAAGAAGAAGGGAAGCAGCAGUAAGGCCUCGACUUCUCAGGCGGUGGCCAAGAAAGGGGAGGAGGGCGGCGAGUCGGCCAAAGCCAAGGGCAAGAAGAAACAGGUUAAAGUCAGAAUGACAGCGAGAGCAAGGAGAGUGGCACGUGGCAGUGGUACCAGCGUGAGGGAGGUGGAAAAGUUCCUGAUGCAAUACCGUAUGGUCUCGAAGAUGGUCCAGCAAAUGGGAGGGCUCGCACGAUUCAAGCAGCAGCAACAAGCUGGUGGCCGGGCAGGCGGUAUGGGCGGUGGUGGUGGUGGUAUGCCGCAGCUCCCCCCGGGCAUGAGCAGGGAGCAAGUGAUGCAGAUGCAGAACAUGCUUCCCCCCGAGAUCAAGGCUCAGUUGCGGCAGCCUGGUGGCAGGGAGAAGUUGAUGCAGCAGAUACAGAGUGGACAGAUGCCACCGAGCAUGAUGAAUGCUAUGGGCGGAAUGGGAGGAAUGCCAGGCAUGGGCGGUGGAGGAGGCGGGAUGCCCGAUCUGGGCAGCUUGAUGUCGUCCAUGGGCGGGAUGGGCGGGAUGGCCAACAUGAUGAAGUCGAUGAUGGGCGGCGGUGGUGGUGGAGGAGCGCGAUGAUGGCGACGCUCUCACAAGCAAAGCAUAGCAUUAGCAGCCC